ACACGCUCUUUAUCCCCUCCCUCCCCUCCUAUACAAAGCAACACCAACAAGAACAAGGAUAGCUUCUUCAUUUGUUUUAACAAAGAAGCAGCCUUGGAGAAGUGAAGAUAAUUAAGAGAAGAAAAGAAUGGCCGGAGAGCACACUCUCCUCUCGACCGAGAUCGUGAACCGGGGGGUCGAGGCCUCGGGCCCUGAUGCCGGCUCGCCAACUUUCUCCAUCCGGGUCCGGCGAAGGCUACCGGAUUUCCUGCAGUCGGUGAACCUCAAGUAUGUGAAGUUGGGCUACCACUACCUCAUCAGCCAUGGCAUAUACUUGGCGACGAUACCGGUGCUGGUGGUGGUGUUCAGUGCCGAGGUGGGGAGUUUGAGCAGAGAGGAGCUAUGGAGGAAGGUUUGGGAGGAGACGAGCUACGACCUCGCCACCGUCCUGGCUUUCUUUGGUGUUCUUGUCUUCACCGUCUCGGUCUACUUCAUGUCCAGGCCUAGGCCUAUCUACCUCGUCGACUUCGCCUGCUACCGGCCCUCCGAUGAUCUGAAGGCCUCCAGAGAGGAGUUCAUAGAGCUGGCACGGAAGUCCGGCAAGUUCGACGAGGAGAGCAUAGCUUUCCAGUCCCGAAUCCUCAAAUCCUCUGGCAUCGGCGACGAGACCUACGUUCCAAAAUCCAUAUUCUCCCCCGGCAAUUGCGCCACCAUGAAGGAAGGCCGUGCCGAGGCCUCCAUGGUUAUGUUCGGUGCCCUCGACGAGCUCUUCGAGAAAUGCCGUGUUCGCCCCAAGGAUGUCGGCAUCCUCGUCGUCAACUGCAGCCUCUUCAAUCCCACGCCAUCCCUCUCGGCGAUGAUCGUAAACCAUUACAAGAUGAGGGGCAACAUACUGAGCUACAACCUCGGCGGCAUGGGGUGCAGCGCUGGAAUCAUAGCCCUCGACCUCGCCCGCGACAUGCUGCAGGCCAACCCCAACAACUACGCGGUCGUGGUGAGCACGGAGGCCGUCUCCUUUACAUGGUACACGGGGCGCAACCGAUCCAUGCUGAUUCCCAACUGCUUCUUCCGCAUGGGGUGCUCCGCGGUGCUGCUCUCGAACCGGCGGCGGGACUUCCGGCGAGCCAAGUACCGGCUCGAGCACAUCGUGAGGACUCAUAAGGGUGCCGACAGCCGGAGCUUCAGGUGUGUGUACCAAGAGGAGGAUGAGCAAAGGAUCAAGGGCUUAUCCAUCAGCCGGGACCUCAUGGAAGUCGGCGGCCACGCCCUCAAGACCAACAUCACCACCCUCGGCCCCCUCGUCCUCCCCUUCUCCGAGCAACUCCUCUUCUUCGCCGCCCUCCUCUUCCGCCGCCGCUCCUCCUCCUCCGACUCCAAGCCAUACAUCCCCGACUACAAGCUCGCCUUCGAGCAUUUCUGCAUGCAUGCAGCCAGCAAGGCCGUGCUCGAUGAGCUCCAGAGGAACCUCGAGCUCAGCAACCGCCACAUGGAGGCGUCGCGCGCCGUCCUCCACCGCUUCGGCAACACGUCCAGCAGCAGCAUCUGGUAUGAGCUCGCCUACCUCGAGGCCAAGGGCCGGGUGCGGCGCGGAGACCGCGUGUGGCAGCUGGCGUUUGGUUCGGGUUUCAAAUGUAACAGUGCCGUCUGGCGGGCCAUGCGCCGGGUCCGGCCGCCCACCCAGAAUCCCUGGUUUGGUUGCACCGACCGCUAUCCUGUUGGCCUCUAAGGGAUGGAGCCUGUUGGACAGCAAUAUGACCAUUACCCAGGGACUCUUUUGCGUGCUUAUUUUGCUCUGGUGCUGAUCUAGAUAUUGUACUUUGAAGCUCCUUGUUUAAACUUAAUGGUUUGGUCUUACAGUUUAGACGUGGGAGUAUUAUGAAAUUGGUUUGAAUUUUACCAGCAAGUGUAUCCUUGUUCCUGUUCUCUUUUUUUCA